CGCGCCCGGGCCCGGAGCAUGGACUUGGCGUGCCUCUGGCUAGGGCUGCUGCUGCCUUCGGUAGCUGCGCUGGAUUUCACCUACCACCACCAGGACGACAUGGAAGCGUUUUUGAAGACUGUUGCCCAAAACUACAGUUCUAUUACUCACUUACACAGUAUUGGGAAGUCUGUGAAAGGUAGAAACCUGUGGGUUCUUGUUGUGGGGCAGUUUCCAAAGGAACACAGAAUUGGGAUCCCAGAGUUCAAAUACGUGGCAAAUAUGCAUGGAGAUGAGACUGUUGGGAGGGAACUGCUGCUCCAUCUGAUCGAAUAUCUCGUAACCAAUGAUGGGAAAGACCCUGAAACCACAAAUCUGAUCAAUAGCACCCGGAUACACAUCAUGCCAUCAAUGAACCCGGAUGGAUUUGAAGCUGUCAAAAAGCCUGAUUGCUAUUACAGUAAUGGAAGGGAAAAUUAUAACCAGUAUGACCUGAAUAGAAAUUUCCCCGAUGCUUUUGAAUUUAAUAAUGUAUCAAGGCAGCCUGAAACUGAGGCAGUCAUGAAGUGGCUGGAAACGGAGACGUUUGUCCUCUCUGCAAACCUCCAUGGUGGUGCCCUUGUGGCCAGUUACCCGUUUGAUAAUGGUGUUCAAGCAACUGGGACAUUCCUCUCCCGAAGCUUAACUCCUGAUGACGAUGUUUUUCAAUAUCUUGCACAUACCUAUGCUUCAAGAAAUCCCAACAUGAAGAAAGGAGAUCAAUGUAAAAAUAAAAUGAACUUUCCUAAUGGCGUUACAAAUGGAUACGCUUGGUAUCCACUCCAAGGUGGAAUGCAAGAUUACAACUACAUCUGGGCCCAGUGUUUUGAAAUUACAUUGGAGCUGUCAUGCUGUAAAUAUCCUCGUGAGGAGAAGCUUCCAUUCUUUUGGAUUGAUAACAAAGCCUCAUUAAUUGAAUAUAUGAAACAGGUGCAUCUAGGUGUAAAGGGUCGAGUUUUUGAUCAGAAUAGAAAUCCAUUACCCAAUGUAAUUAUAGAAGUCCAAGACAGAAAACAUAUCUGCCCCUACAGAACUAACAAAUUUGGAGAGUAUUAUCUCCUUCUCUUGCCUGGAUCCUAUAUAAUAAAUGUUACAGUCUCUGGACAUGAUCCACACCUCACAAAGGUGAUUAUUCCAGAGAAAUCCCAGAAUUUCAGUGCUCUUAAAAAGGAUAUUGUACUUCCAUUCAGAGGGCAAUUGGAUUCUAUCUCAGUAUCAAAUCCUUCAUGCCCAGUGAUUCCUCUAUACAAAAAUUUGCCAAGCCACUCAAAUACAACAAAGCCUAGUUUGUUCUUAUUUUUAGUGACUCUUCUGCACAUAUUUUUCAAAUAAAGUAAAAUGUGAAACUCAACCCCCAUCAC